CAUUGUUGUGCUAUGACGUAAGGAGUCGGAGACGGAAGAUGGCGGAGCGAGCGGCGAAGGGCGGUGGGCAGUGAGCGGCGCCUUGGGGCAGCUCUCGCUCCCGCACACCAACCGCGAAGAGUGCCAGGCACCGGAGCCGGGCCGGCAGGGCCGGGCCGCAACGCACCCCACCCCACCCCACCUCACCAAUGGCGAGAACCACCAGUCAGAUGUAUGAUGUUCCCAUUCAGUCGAGUGUAGUCCUUUGCUCUUGCCCAUCUCCAUCCAUGGUAAGGAAUCAACCAGAUUCCAGCGUGCGACCAUCGGUCUCUGGUGCCACCAUGGACAGCAGUGCAGGUGAUACUGGCCCAGUGGUGGGCUCUUUACCAGGGCAACGGCAGCAAGCUGUGGUACAGACCCAGAGGCAGCCGGCAUCUGGCCACACUCAGCAACCACGGAAAAAGCGGCCGGAAGAUUUCAAGUUUGGCAAAAUUCUUGGCGAGGGAGCAUUCUCAACAGUUGUGUUGGCUCGUGAACAAUCAACUGGUAAAGAAUAUGCUACAAAAAUUCUGGAAAAACGUCAUAUCAUUAAGGAGAACAAGGUACCAUACGUGACUAGAGAGAGGGAUAUCAUGUCUCGGCUGGAUCACCCCUUCUUCGUAAAGCUUUACUUCACGUUUCAGGAUGAGGAGAAGCUCUAUUUUGGCCUUAGUUACGCUAAAAAUGGAGAGCUACUUAAAUACAUUCGUAAGCAGGGUUCUUUUGAUGAGAACUGCACACGAUUUUAUUCUGCUGAAAUUGUGUCGGCGCUAGAGUACUUGCAUGAGAUCGGGAUUAUACAUAGGGACCUUAAACCAGAGAACAUUUUACUGAGCGAGGAUAUGCACAUACGGAUUACAGACUUUGGAACAGCAAAAGUAUUAUCUUCAGAUAAUAAGAAAGUACGAGCAAAUUCCUUUGUGGGGACAGCGCAGUAUGUUUCACCAGAGCUUUUGACAGAUAAAUCUGCUUGCAAAAGCUCUGACCUCUGGGCUCUUGGCUGCAUCAUAUACCAAUUGGUAGCUGGAUUGCCACCUUUCAGAGCAGGGAACGAAUAUCUAAUUUUCCAAAAAAUAAUUAAAUUGGAAUAUGAUUUCCCGGAAAAGUUUUUCCCAAAAGCAAAAGAUUUAGUACAGAAGCUUUUGGUGUCUGAACACACAAAGCGCCUUGGCUGUGAAGAGAUGGGGGGUUAUGGACACCUUAAAGCCCAUCCGUUCUUUGAACCUAUAGUUUGGGAAAACCUGCACCUUCAGACACCCCCGAAACUCACCGCUUAUCUCCCAGCAAUGUCUGAGGAUGAAGAAGAUUGCUAUGGCAAUUACGAUGACCUCCUCAGCCAGUUUGGCUGCAUGCAAGUGGCUCCCUCUGGCUCAUUGCACUCGCUGUCUUCCCCUGAGCCCAGCCCACCCCAGAGGUUAUGCAGUAACAUCGAGCAAUAUGUCCAUGAUCUUAACGACACUUCAUUCGAGUUGGAUCUUCAGUUUACAGACGAAGACAAGCGCCUUCUGCUUGAAAAACAAGCCAACAGAAAUCCCUGGCACCAAUUUGUAGAAAAUAAUUUAAUCCUGAAGAUGGGUCCAGUUGACAAGAGGAAGGGCCUGUUUGCCCGGCGUCGGCAGCUGUUGCUCACCGAAGGCCCUCACCUCUAUUACGUGGAUCCUGUCAACAAGAUUCUGAAGGGGGAGAUUCCAUGGUCACAGGAGCUGCGUCCAGAAGCCAAGAACUUCAAAACGUUUUUUGUUCAUACUCCUAACCGGACAUAUUACUUAAUGGAUCCCAGUGGAAAUGCCCACAAAUGGUGCAAAAAGAUCCAGGAAGUGUGGCGGCGGCGGUACCAGAACCUGCAGAAUACUAGCAUCUAGCAGAGUACAACUCAAAUGUAUGGAGAAGCUUCCUCUCAACGUUGUCAGAGCUCUGGAGUUGAGCACUGUAACACAGCAAUGAAAGCCUCCCUAUUCCCCUCUCUCUUCCCUCUCUCCCUCCCCCCCAACUCCCCCCCCCCCCCCCUUUAAAAAAAAAAAAACACAACCCGUGGCAUCCAGAAAAUAAAAUUGCUGUAUUUGUGUGUGUUGGGGUUAGGGGGGUGCCUGCAUCUCUCCCAUCUCUUUUCCAAGUAAAUGUAAAUGGGAUUGCGGGUUGCUUUGCCUGCUCUCUGUGCUGCAGGCUUAUCAUAUCACAAAUAGAAGACCCUUUGCCUAUCUCCGUGUAAUGUCUGCUCUCGUUCCAGCUUCCAGAUUUUAGAUGAAGGCCGCACAUUUAUAAACCGCUUCAUAGGCAGAUGGCAAAUCAAUCUAUGUAUUCCCCUAAACCCUCAUUCCAGUUCCAUGUAGCCCUCUGUCAACCCGGGGUCCCACCUUAUUAUAUUUUUGUUUGUUUGACUUUAUUUAAGAGCUGUGUGAUUUCCACUUAUACUCUUGCUUUCAUCUGGCCUCUGACACCUGCUGAUUCGCUUCCUCUCAAGGCAAAGGUAUAUAGUGGUAUUGAGGAAUUAGUGUGCGUAGAAACACAUUCAAACACACAAGGAAACCCCUUAUUUAUGCGCUGACUUAUUCUGAGUGAAACUGGUAUUAAUGGAAUUUGUAGAGCCCUUUCUCACCUCUCUUCACGGGUGAUCAAGAUAUGUUCUCGAAACAGAAGAUGAAGUUUUGUCAUUAAUUGACCUGUCCAUAUCGAGCCAGUCUGUGUGGUGAGAUAAGAGUUCUGUACAUGGUAGUUUCAUGUAAUUACCCCUUCUGGUUCAGUUCUACAGGAGGCUGCUGUUAAGUUGUUGCUCUUCACCAAAAGGAUUGGUCUUGGGCAGUCGCUGCAUUUUGCUUGGCUGAAGAUAUUAAUCUGAACGAGCUGGAAUCGUCACUGUGCGAGACACUGAAUUAACGCCUGCUUAAGCCAGCAAGUUACUUUGCUCCUCUCCUCUCCCCGCCCCCCCCCCCCCCCCCUUUUCCCUUAAAUUGAUUGAAAUGUUUCAAACCAUUUCAGUGAUGGUGCAGUAUUUGCUAACUACUCUGUGCUAGAUUUCACUCAUCAAGUCAGACUUGUGUGCGCCUGCAAGUGAUAUGUGCAGCCAGAUGCUCACCUUGCAAGUUGCAUUGUUUAAUUUGCCGUUGUGAUUCCUGUGGCAUCAUCGUACACGUGCCCAGGGUCUGUCUUUAGUCACUGGUCUUAGUCAUUGUUUUCUGGCCAUGGGGACAGGCUGCGAAAGCAGCAGGGAUUGAGGUACUUGGCUAUGCUCAGUCCUGCACUCGUACAUGUGACUGGAUCUCAAGGUGUCCAGUCUGCUGUCAUGUAACUUCUGUAAAUUUUCUGUAUAUAUCUAUAUAUAUAUAUAUAUAUAUUAUAUAAAUGUGUGCGUGCGCGCGUGUGUUUGCAGGGGAGAGAUAAAAUUGCACCUGGUACUGCAGCAAGAUACUUUGAGGACUCUCCUCGUGUGUGCAUACAAAUUAACGUUGGUGAGGAGAAAUAUGUACAAAGCAAUGGAAGUCAUACCCCGCAAUCCUCCCGAUAUUUUGCCAGUGAGCGACUGAGCCAUAUCAUGCCACAGGUCCCUGGCUCGAUUGCUUCUUUGCAUUAAGGUGGCAGAGGGGUGCACAAUUGGUCAGAGCAGUUGUGGCUCCCUCACUCUGCGUCUCCACGGGAUACACGCCUGCGUUUCAUCCCCAUCGUGUGAUCUCCGUGGGAUAAGUGUUGGGGCCUUGACAGGUUCCGGUGCUGAGAAUGCCCAUUUAGAGGAAGGGAGGAGAGAGUACUUGCUGUCCUUGUAACUACUCUUCAUCAUGCUCGGUGUUCGUGGAGAACAGGGAGAUCUAACAUUGUUGAACUGCAAUGGCAGGUUGUUUUAUGUGUCAUGGGGCAAUGCAAAUCUAGAGGUUUGAAGACUUCCCCAAACAACGUGGUAAUCUGUAUUUAAGAAAUCUGUGACAUACUAACGCACCGCACGCACCGUAGACAGUCACAGAAACCCAGAUGCAAAAGUGACUUAAAAUGUGAUCUUUGGAAUACAUGCGGCACAAUUCUCCAGAUGCUCUUUGACGUGUUUGUGUGUUUUGUUUAUAGUUUGCUCCUCAAAGUUACAACCUUUGACCGACAUGGAUUGAUCAAUCUGGGUCUGUAACGCAGGACCGAGCAGGGAUGCUGUCCUGCGGGAUUUGAGUUCAGGCUUGUGUCUGUUGCCGGCUUGCGUUCAACAGGGCUCGCGCUGCAGCAUCUGAUUCUCGUGGUUCGUAAAGGAGCUGGCUGACUGGUGUAAUCGGAAAUAGCCCUGGGCCAAGCUCACAGUGAUUCCGUCAAAUGAGGAAUAAUGACCCAUCUAUGGGCUACCACCACUGCCUGACAACCACCCUUUAUCACCAUCUGUCACAUUCUCCUUUUCACCCCAGCACAGAAGUCAAAAUCACUGAGCACUGACCAGGUAGAACCCAGGAUCUAAUACUGUGCUUGUCCUGAUGAAGGGGCGAUUUAUGUUUUCUCCUACAGCGCCCAUGCUUUCUGUCUGGCUUUCUCAUACCCCUGCCCCAUGAGCUCCUCCUACCCACUUCUGUCCAGGUUGAAGAACCAAAUUUUGUUAGACCUUGAACACGCAAGCAGAUCAGGUGUUAACCAGGUUUUACUUUUGUACUUUGUUCUUGGAGCUGAUUACUGUUAAACCCCAAAAGCUUUUGGAGGAGUAACCAACCCUCCACACCUUGCGUUACCAGAAGUGGCCUCCAGGUACUUGUGAUUCCUUGCGAUUAAUGCAUUUAUUUAUUUUAAAAGAUCGAUGUACUCUGGGCUUUUAAUAGGUGACCAUAGUUAUUUACCAUGAGAGUGCUGUAGCCACGGUUCUCCUUCUCCAGCCCCUCCCGGUGAAAAUUAACACUGCAUAUGUGUUGGCUUCAAACAUUUGAGGAUAGCUUAGAAAUGCGGUUUGGUAGUUUCGUGAGGAUGUGCCGUUCUUGUGAGAGUCCAGCUGAUAACAUUGGUCAAGGGCUGCCCUCAUAAAGAAGGCUACUUGUUGCAUUGGGGUAGGGUGGGAUGGGGAGGGAUGGGGGUUUAAACUGGUAAAUGUUUAUAGUCAUUAGGAACUGCCAUGAUCAAUCAGCACCGUGAUGGCAUUGGAUGAUCAAGUAGCUGGGAAGAGGGGCACCAAGAGUCCAAUAUUAGAUCGCUUUCCAGAAGAGGUAGUAGUAACAUUAAAGGGCCAUAAAUCUUCAGGCAGUGGCUGUUUUUAGCACUUUGUGCAAGGCAAUGCAUUCAGUUUGUGAUCGACCUGUGCCACUGCAAUGACUCCUCCCCACUUGUAAAUUUUUUUGGGGGAGGUCAAGUUGAGAAAUGGAUUAUAUUAUCUGCAUCGUAUUGAGGUGCACUUUAUGGAUUUACUGUACAGAGUACCAGUUUGCUUACAGCUGCACGGCUGGUGACAGUAUCCAUGACUUGCUGUCUUAACCUGAGAGAUCUUUCCAAGACUGCUCAGUAAGCAUGUGUGUGUUUUUUUUCCUGUGUGUAUAUGUGUGAUGUUUAUUUUUUGACGUAAUUUUAUUUGUUUCACCGCAUUUGUAUAAAUCUUGGACACGACUACAGUCCCGUGAGAACUGAGCAAACUUCAAUCAUGACGCUCUACAGCUGCUGCUCCGUCAGUGAGCAGACGCAGAUUGAUAUAAUUCAUCACUCCUCCUCUUUCUCAUCCAUCGUUCAAAAGUUCAACCUCGCUACAUGGGUUAUCUCACCACUUCUGAUUUCUGUCGUCGCUUUUCUUUCUAGUCCCGAACCUAGAAAGAACGGCAUAUUCCUGUUUAGCACAUUCGACUCUUCCUCCACUAUUUAGUGGAAGAUAGUGACUCUGUUCAUCUUAAACUGCUUCUUGUCUCAUUGUAAAGAGGGGGGGUCUCAAACACCGAUCAGUAAUGCUCUGUACUCUUUGACUCCCCACACUGUCAAUCUCAGAACCCAAAUUUUGUGAGCAAUUUAAAGGGAAGGAAAUCUCUCCCCUCUCAAAAACUAACGUUUUAAUGCUUGCACAUUUUGUCCGUGUUGUCCUGAUUGUGUUAAGAGACAGAAGGCACUGAUGUAUGGGACAAAGGGCAAAAUAAAAGUGGUUCUGAAGCUAGAAAUGCAAUACAUUGUUCUUUUAUGUUGAUUUUUUCCCCCAUUUUACUCAUGUCAGAUUGCUUCCUGGUUAAAGCUAGCUGUAGUUCAAUCUGUUAUUUAAAUUCUAAUAUACAAUUUGCAUCUGGAGUUGAUUGAUGUUCAGGGGCCAUGUUGUGUAUGUGAUGUUCAGCAUUUGAAUAUGAAUAAUUAUUGUAAACUAUAAUAUUUUAUGACUUUGUUUCUAGUCUUAUAUAAAUUUUCUAUUUGGUCAAUGAUUUGAAUCAUAUUCCUCAUAAUUUAAUGAACGUAUAAUACUUUUCAGAAUAUUUGUGCUUUAGAUGGAACGGAAUGACUUGAAAUUUUCACGUAAUGCUCAGUAGUUCUGUAAUUAAAGCAUGUAGGGGUUGUAGGUCUAAAACAUCAAA